UAAGGAGGGCUACCAUGGACUACGCUGUGACCAGUUUGUUCCCAAGACAGAUGCUAUCUUGUCAGACCCAACGGAUGAACUUGGGAUUGAGUUCAUGGAGAGUGGUGACACUUACCAGAGGCAGGUGCUGUCCAUCUUCAGCAUUGCCUCAGGGAUCUGUCUUCUUGGAGUGGCAUGUAUGGCUCUCUACCGGCGCAACAAAAGACACAGGGAAAAACUGCAGGCUCAUUUCUCCGAUAGCCGCAGCCUGAGGGACUGCAGUGUCAACGCCUCUGGCCUCAUGUCCAAAUCUGCUCCCAGGCUCCAGUACAGCCUUCAACUCCAGAAGGGAUGCAGUUCUCAUGGAUCGUCCGUUAAGGGCAGCAGCGUGGCACCGGGCACAUCGACAGCAGCCCCCCCUCUUCUCAGCAGAGCGCUGUCUAAAGGGAAACGCUUCAGGAGUAGCUCCCUUUCUCUGAGCCCUUCCCGACAACGGAGGGAGAAUAUAUACUUCAGGACCCCACCCGUUUCCAGAGGAAAACAUAAAAUAUCGACCAAUCUCAUUGAUGGAUCCAGAGGGGCUGGUCACGUCUACAAACACUUGCAGGAGGAUGAGUCUACAGACAUUGAGUUCAUAAGAAGGUGUGAUUCUGGGAGUGGAAAGGUCGGCCCCCUCCUGAGCAGGACUUCACUCUCCAACUUCGCAGCCAGAAAGGGAUGGACCGAAGUCCCAAGCACUCGCCUGGAUAAGGGAACAACCUACACUCCACCGUCCCUGCACACCCGUUCUGUGCCAAUCAUCCCUUCUCUCCAAGCAUGUGACCUCGAGGCGGGGAAUGUGUUCACGAGUGGGCGAAACCAAGGGGGGCUACUGAAGUGGCGUCCCGCACUGGCUGGAAAGACAGCCAUGCCCAAGAGCUCUUCUUCCUCUCGGCCCCGUGAGACUGUGGUUCUGGAUCCUGUAGUUAUGCCCCGCGGUGUUAGCCCUCCUGCCACCAUCACCGUCACACUGGGGUCGGAAAAGAAUCUCAGCUCCUCACAAACCGUUGGAAUUACACUGGAAAUAGAGCAGGAAUUAAAACAUAAAAGCCUUUCCAACACCAUAAAAAUGUUAGGGUCUCAAAGCGAGGUCCACCGCGGUGGCACAAACACUCUCGAGGCCGGAGCUGUGCAGGAGUCCGAAGGGAAAAUUGUCCAAUAUCCAGCCAGAGUUCUGCACACAGGCGGUGUAACCAGAGGUCUGAAGGCAGCAGGCCAAAGAGAAACCCAGGGACGGUGCCAAGGUCAGACGUCCCUCGUGUACGGAGGCGCAAACUACUCCUUGGCCACCAAAGGACCCAGCUGCAGAGGAACUGGAAAUGCUUAUGCCAAACCCUCUGCAAGCUGAUUGGAUUAACUCUGUAAAGCGUCAACAACACUGUUUCCAAUAACUGUAUACCUUUGCGGGUGGCACAAGAUGGUUAGCAGGUGGCAGCAUCUUUGUGGCCAAACGGACCAAUAACAGAUGGCCGACGAUUUUAAAACGAACACGAACAGAUUAAUUCUGCAGACGGAAAAAAUAUUGACACUGCAAAAGACUUGAAACAAAGACAAACAAACACACAUUGUGAAUACAUGUGACUCAAUAAGGAAAACAAAAACCGUGACUUGAGUGGGAGCUUGACUUAAACAGUGUAUUGAAAAAAAUGCCACUAUUUAAAAGGAGCUUCUACUUAGAAACCAAAAUAGUGUGUCAUCUCUAUGUUGUUUCGCUAUUGUAAAGAAAUGAAAUUAUAUAUGUCAUAUAAUAUAUGUCAUAUAGACGUAUAUAUAUUUGACAUACAAUUGUGACAAAAUAAAGACUAAG